UGGGCUCACUCCUCCCUCACUUUACUUCUAAUGGAAUCACAGAACAAUAUAAAACGUCUUUUGUUGCCGUGUUUGUGUAACACUUUCUUCUGGCAGCAGCAGCGGUUUAAUUUUGCCAACUCUACCAUGCGUGCAUCUCCUCAGAAGGAUCCAAAUUUCCUUAAUGCAACACAGUACAUUUUAAUGUUGAAAUAUACCUAUUUGUAUGACUUCUGUGACCAGGCGGUUUUACUGGCGUGUUUGCCAAGUCUAGUCCUAGUGUAGCAGAGAGUCAACAGAAAUAAUGUUUCAUUGAAAACAACAAACGUGGAACCUUUCUUUGUCUGUUAAGUAAUAUGUGCUUGGGAAAGCUGCGUAAGGUAAAUUUGGGCUUUCUAUAUGCAUGUGCUAUAAUAAGCUCUAACAGGUGUCUUUGCGGCCCUCAGAGGCCGCAGGCUUUAAUAAUGUGAAUGUAAGAAGGCUGAAAGCCUCAUUUGACCCUGGGUGACUUCCAUACUCACUUGUGUACAGAAACUUAGCCUGCAUAUGCAGUUUGCACCUCUACGAAGGCGUUUACGCUCUUUUCUGACAUUACACAAUGUUGCCAUGUUUGCACGUGGCUUCAUUUCACACACAUGUAAGUGAAAAAAAGAGUCCCCCUCGACUGUUAUUAUCCUCUGCUGGGAUUCCCUUUAACCACGACAGCGUAAUUUCCAUAUUCUGCACCCUUGAGUUGAAUUAUUAUCACUCCAGUCACUAGACGCACGAGCCUAUCAACUCCUGCUCAGCACCCAUCACGUUUUUAUUCUAUAGAAUAUCAAAAACCAAGAACUUUUGUCGCAGAAAUUAUGUUACGAAACUCGGCAUCCUUGGCUUUCACAACAGGGCGGAACGCCAGCCUCUCAGCCAAUAGGGCUGCGCGCUGCUGCGCCACGUGAUCCUUAUUUAUGUAAUGUGAUGGUGUUACACAGUAACCCACCUUUGUGGCUGUGCAUACAUCGAAACAGCGGGUUUGAAAGCCAGACAACGACUACUUAAAAGAAAAGAGUACUAAUGGGAAAAUAUUCUGGCGUGGUUCAGUGUUGCGUUUAUGGAGUUCAGAGCGGGGCGUUGAAUUGGGAGAGUUUUGUUUUAUUCAGCGUGCGUGAACGGGGAAGACGUUAGGAGUCCCAAACCGAAGACGAAGUUAGGGUUAGAAAUGGACAGUGUCAAUGGAUACAUCUUAUCUGCAAAGGGAAUUUGUAAGGUGAGGGUAAUAGCUCAAAUUUAGCCUAGUUAGACAGAAACGGAUGUGAUCAAAUUCACUGUAUCGCUAGCUCUCAGUGUGUUAAUGGUCCAUGCAGUACUAUUACACAGACCAGCCUCUCCAUCUGCAUCGCUUUGACGGGAAAAAAAAGCAACACUUUACCGGGUGGGACUUUCUUUUUUCAUUUUUUUUUCACCGGUGACAUAACCCAUCCACCAUGGAUCUGCUGGAGUGUCCGCUCUGUCUCUUCCUGAUGUGCGAGCCGGUGACCAUGUCGUGCGGUCACACGUUUUGCCGGAGAUGCGUGGGGGGCUACCUCCCGUCCAAAUGCCCGUCGUGCAAAGAGAGGUUAAAACAACGAGAGGUGAAAAGCAUGAGGAACAACGUCUUGCUCAUCAGCGUCGUGGAGAAGUGCUGCCCCGGCGAGACGAAGACGACGUGCCAUUUACAGGAGAAGCUCAAAGCCAACGACUUCACCGAAGCUUUACGCAUCGCAAGCGAGGGGCUCCACUUAGUCCCCAAUGAUCAGAGUUUGAAGCUGCAUAGAGCCGAAGCUAACUGGGGCCUGAUGCGUUUCUCCGACGCUCUGACAGACCUCGACUACCUCUGCUGCCUUCGUCCUAACUGGACCGAGGGCUUCUUUCGUAAAGGGACUGUGCUGCUGGAAAUGGGUCAGCAGACGGACGCCCUCGUCCAGUUCCAUCGUUGCCUAAAACUUCAAGCUGACUUUGUCCCUGCAAAGAGCCAGAUCCAGAAGAUUCUGGAGGUGGAGGGCAUGGCAGUGCCGGACGAGGUGUCCUGCCUCUUGCAAGUGGUGUCCGAGUACUUGAAAGGGCCCUGUCCCAUUACCAGCCUCAGCGGCUCUCAGGGGCCGACUCACCCCGAGGGCCUCAAACGUCCACGCGGGGAUGACGGAGAGGGAAACGAGGGGAGAGAGGCCCACCAGCACAACACGGGUACCGAGUGCUGCCUCAGCCUCUGCCAAGCUGUUUCCUUCCUCCCGGCUGCGGAAGAGGACGAGGAGAUGAUGAUGAGGAGGGACGACGGGCAUGGCAGGGGUGAAAGCGGUCACAGCAGAGAGAAAACUCUGGGAGUUCUCACCGUGUCGGACUUUGAGUGCCCUCUCUGCAUUAGGUUGUUUUUUGAGCCAGUCACUACUCCCUGUGGUCACACCUUCUGUAAAAACUGCAUAGAGAGGAGUCUGGACCACAACCUCCGCUGUCCACUCUGCAAACAGCCACUACAAGAGUACUUCAAAAACAGGAAGUACAACCCCACAGUUCUGCUUCAGGACAUCAUGACCCGCCUUUUUCCCUCCCCGCUGGCUGAGAGGAAACAGGUCCAUGACACCGAGAUGGCUGAACUGUCCAAUCUAACUACAGACAUCCCUAUAUUUGUUUGCACGGUGGCCUACCCUGGAGUGCCGUGCCCGCUGCACAUCUUUGAGCCUCGAUAUCGGCUGAUGAUGCGCCGCUGCAUGGAGACUGGCACCAAACAGUUUGGCAUGUGCUGCUAUGAGCAUGGCAAGGGGUUUGCAGACUAUGGGUGCAUGUUGGAAAUCAACAGUCUGGAGCAGCUGGCCGAUGGCCGGUCCUACGUGGACGCAGCGGGAGGCAACAGAUUCAAAGUGGUCAAGAGAAGUCAGCGAGAUGGCUACCACACCGCUGAUAUCGAGUACCUGGAGGACCUCAAGGUUGAUGGUGGCGAGUUGGAGCUUUUGGAGCACCUCCACGACAGCGUGUACCAGCAGGCUCAGGACUGGUACCAGCGCCUCGGCAACCGCAUUCGCGAGCAGAUCAACAGACAGUACGGCACCAUGCCAGACAAGGAGGAAAACAUUCAGGCCUCCUCCAACGGUCCGGCCUGGUGCUGGUGGCUGCUGUCUGUCCUCCAGCUGGACCCCGCCUAUCAAACCACUGUCCUGUCUCUGUCCUCGCUCAAAGACCGCUUGGGACACCUCCGCCUCGUCCUGGAGUACUUCUCUCAGAGCUAGACCCCCACAGCUCAGUGGUACUGUGACAACAUCUUAGCCGAGAGUCAGUGGAAACCAAUGAAUGCAUCCACACCGCAGAGUUUGGGGUUGGGCCUCCUCUGAAUCUUAACGUCACAGCCCAAUGCCAAAUCAACCUGGUCUAUCAAUACACCCUUUUACAGUUUGUAAAGAUUGAGGACGUACGUAAGCGUGCGCACGCGGUUUGGCAACAAAAGCAGUCGUUUUUUUUUUUUUAAACAGUCCAGUGGUAGUCAACAUGUUUAAUAGCUUGCAGCCAUAGAAGUCGGCAGUGUUGCGGUUUAACGAGUGACCGUGUCAGCUGGUGACUCUCGGCGUCUGUGGUUGCUCGCAGUGACGGCAGCCGUUGAAAAACACAAAAGGAACGUGAAGGUGUCCCAGUGAAAGCCUUCCAAUUAAACUUUGAAAUAUGGUAAAUAACUAUUGCUAUUAUUGAGUCUGCUGUUGGAAUAUCGAUUCUGACAACCAAAACAUGCAACAACCAAACGUUUGGAUGCUGGCAACAGUUUUAAGUCAAUAUUUAAAGCUCGCUAACUCAUCUGGAUGGCUCGGGGCAAAACGCCUCUUCCGUUGCCAACGUGUGCACGCAUACCUUUGAUGACGUCUGCUGUAAAAGGGUCUAUAGCAGAAAGAUUUUAGCAAAAAAACAAAAAAAAAAAACUGCAGUUGUACAAAGUUGGGUUUUUGCUGUUUGCAUGUUAUCUUUCUUACAAGUUUUUUUUUUUUUUUUUUUUUUUUUUUCUUCAAGCGAGGAAUUCAAGGGUUCAGAGGUCUUUCUUAUUACACGCUGGACUUGCUGCAACAGUAACAACUACAGGGUUGACCAACGAUGCUCAUUAUUUAGGUCAAAAGUGCUAAAUUAUUGUUUGUUGAUCGGCUAAAUCAGCUUCAGAUAAUGGUGCUGAAAAUAGGCACUAGGUGUCACUGUUAUUUAUCAUGAACAAGCCGCAUCAGCAAAGCUAGUACAGUGUACUGCACCGUCAUGUGUUGCCUCUUCAAAUCAGACCGGCAUUAACAUAGCUUCGUUUGGACUUUGCACACCGCAGGAUUAAAGUUAUUAGGAUAUUGUUGAAGGGCACUACUUGUAAUACUUACAUUUGAUCUGCUACCAUCUAUUGGCCUUGGCAGCCAUUGACGAUGGCUUAUUUUAUACUGUUGAAUAAACGUAAAUGAUCCCUAUUUAGUAUUAAAUAUUGCAAUAAUUUAUAGUUCCACAUGGAUGAAAGCUGCUGCUGUGACUGCUGGAGGUCUCUCUGGAUGCCCGUUUGUCAUCAUCUGGUGUGAAGUGAAACGACGGCAAUGAGGAGACGCAGUCAGCUUUGUUUUACAAUACGAGCCGGUGUGAUGAUGUAUGGUGAUGGACGCAGCGCUGUGUGCACGCGUGUGUGUACCGGCUGUAAAUAAUGAGUCGUGUUUCUUUCUCCGUCGCCUAUCUCCAUAUAGCGUGCUAUUGUGUUUCGCUACCGUCGCAUCAGGCUCUCUCGACAGUGUUCGACAUGUCUUUGUGCGGAGAUGGUUGUGAUAUAAUUAAGCUAGGGUCAGACUGCUGUGCGUCUGUGUAGGUCGCAUCACCUGCGUCGGGCCCCUGCUGCGUCUCCCCGUCUGACUGGCCCCCUGUAAACCACCAGUGAUGGUGCCUUUGAGUGCCUGGGCCAACUCGCCAAGAGACCGGCAAGUCUUAGAGUUUUCUACACCACAUAAUGUGAUGCACUUUUCUUUUUUUUUGCCAUUGAUUUGUGUUGAUAUAGUGCUACAUUCCAUGGAAUGUUGAAGCUGCAAUGUUACGUAUAGUUAAUUUACUAACAAAUACAGGCUUAACUGGGUUUAUUUUUUACUUUAAUAAACGUGCCAUCGAUAUUUCUAUGUUGUGUGUUUUCAAGGAACAGUAAGCUAAAUAGUCACUUCGUUUGUUUGUCUACAUCACGGACUCCGACGUUGGUCUUCAACCCUCAUGCCUUCUCGUGUGGUGGACGUUGAACUACCAUCUUUUCACGGCCAACAUAUCACUUCAAAGAAAUAGUCCAGCAAACGCACUGAUGGAAGCAGUUUGUGUGAUGCAGAACAGCAGCCUUGCUCGUGUGAUAUUGUAGAUAUCGUUUAGAAUAAAAAGGGGGAAUCUUGAGACUUGAUACGCACAAAACAAUAGUCCCACUAAAGGGCGAAGCAACGGAUGGACUGAUGGAUUCUGAGGCAGCAUUGGUUGCGUCACAGACUAACCACUGAACGCUGACCUGGGAACUUACACUCUACUUGAGGUCAAAUAACCUUUUUUACCAUCUUUUUAAGAUUGGUUAAUCAACCUCAGUUAAUAUCUACUGAUGUUUUUUGAAGCCGUCCGUGAUUGAAAUUGGCGUCAAAGACUUUAAUGUGCCAGUUAUCACAACACGUCUCCAAAGCUAGUAUCGUUGAUUUCCCUGAAAAAAAAAAAAAAAAAGAUACUCAUCCUUAAGAAAAAGGUCAGUUUCUCGGUGCUACAUGACACGAUUAAACCUCACACUCAAAUAAAAAAGGAUUGAGAUUCUUAUCGAAGUUUUGUGAAUGAGCGGCCUCUUUGUGAUAAACGCACGACUACAAGCCCCGCAGCCUGUUGGGCAUCUCAUCGGAGAAGAAAAUAUUUUUGCACAAUUACUAAUUUUGUGCAUUUAUUGUUUCUCUCUUUUAUCAAAUCACGCAUAUUUCUGUGCGUCUCCUUCAGUACUUGUCGCAUUUAUUGAAUACAAUAGUGAUGUAUGUGGUUCACAGUUAUCGGUCUCAUAUUCGUUUUACUUUGUUUCAAACUGAACUUAAUCUCUGCGCCAAUGUGCGAUUUUACAUCCUGAUAAAAUGCUAAAUACAUUUGAAAAAUAAACGAUUGUAGCCCACAUGGUUUUGAUCCAACUAAUGGCCAAUUUAAUGUCUAAUUUGCCUUAUCUUUUGAAAACUAACCUCUCUCAGCACAGUCAGGACUUUUCAUGCACUCAGUAUCAUUGAGCAGAAAAUGUCCAACACAGUUAAAAACAAUUUGCACCAAAUCCACAUUCUCUAAUGCAGAACACGGAGCAUUAUAAGUGACCCGUUCUUGGCAGCGAUUGGCCCGUGAGAGCCAGUCUUACACUAGAAAAGCACCAUGGUGGUGUGUUCUUGCCGUGUGCCGCAGCUCGCAGGAAAUGUUGGCCGGUGUGGUCAGACCGGUCCGUGGACAGUAUGAACCAGAGAGACGCGCGUUGUUGUUCCCUACACUCUGUGCUCGGAUCACCAACACAUUUAAAACACACUGAAACUGAAGCAAUUUCUGUUUGAUUCACUUGUAUUCAGUCCACCUCAAAGCCAAGGGCAGUAAAUGAUCUUGAUCGUAUUAUUGUUUAUUCGCUUGCCCCCCUGGAUGACUUUUUAAAUGUUAUUAUAAAUAAAGCUUUUCAAAACAAAA